CGAAUAUCGUCGGCGCCUGCGCGGUGGGCCGCCUUGAGCUGCGCGCAUGCUCGGUCGGGGGAGGGCGCCGUGCGCCUGCGCGAGGAGGGCUGUGACGGCGGUGGCGGCGGCGGGGCCCUGUGUGUGAGGGGGAGGCGGCGGCGAAGGCGGCGGGAGGAAGGCAGGCUCGGCGCUUCCCUCCAGGCCCGGAGGCGGAGGACGGAGCCCGGGCACCGCCCCCUGUCAUGGCAGCGGUGCCCUCAGCCCUGCGGAGGCUCGGGCGGCAGGCGGCAACGGCGCCCCUCGGCUAGGCCUCGCCUCAGUCCUCGCUCUCGCGUCGCCUUUUUACCUCAGUCCCUUCGGAUGUGGGAGAGGAUGGAGGCCAAGACGGUGGUCUACGACUUGGACACUUCGGGGGGCCUGAUGGAGCAAAUCCAGGCCCUCCUGGCGCCUCCCCGCAGCGACGAGGCCGGUGGUGUAGGGACGGAGAAGCGGAGCCGCCGGACGGAGCGAGGAGGAGGAGGGGAGCCGCACCACCACCACCACCCCCAGCACCACCACCACCAGCAGCACCACCACCACCCCCAGCACCACCCUCAGCACCACCACGGUGCCGCCGCCUCGGCCGCUUCGGCGGCAGCCCAACGGAGGAGCGGCCGGGCCACCAACCACGACAGCUGCGACAGCUGCAAGGAAGGCGGAGACCUGCUCUGUUGCGACCACUGCCCCGCCGCCUUUCACCUCCAGUGCUGUAAUCCUCCACUGAGCGAAGAGAUGCUGCCUCCGGGCGAGUGGAUGUGCCAUCGCUGUACAGUGCGCCGAAAGAAGAGAGAGCAGAAGAAGGAACUUGGGCAUGUCAACGGUCUGGUGGACAAGUCCAGCAAAAGGGCCGCCUCUCCCCCCCGGGAUGUGGAUUAUUUGGAGCGGGGCGGCGGGAGCCUCCGGGCCCUCUCCCAUGCCCGGCUCUUGGAGAGGAGGGCCAGCCGCCCGGGCACUCCCACCUCCAACGCCAGCACCGAGACCCCCAACUCGGAGCAGAACGACAUGGACGAGGACAUGGUGGACGUGGAUGAAGACUCUGGCCCGGCGGGUGAGGCGGACGGCGGGCAGCCCCAUCUCAAGCGGCCCUUCGAGCUGCUCAUUGCCGCCGCCAUGGAGAGGAACCCCACCCAGUUCCAGCUGCCCAAUGAGCUGACCUGCACCACGGCCCUCCCAGGUACGAGUAAGCGACGGCGGAAAGAAGAAACCAGCGGGAAGAACGUCAAGAAAGCUCAGCACGAGCUAGAUCACAACGGACUGGUGCCCUUACCGGUGAAGGUCUGCUUCACCUGCAGCAGGAGCUGCCGAAUGGCUCCGCUCAUCCAGUGCGAUUACUGCCCGCUGCUGUUCCACAUGGACUGCCUGGAGCCUCCACUCACGGCAAUGCCCCUGGGCCGCUGGAUGUGUCCGAACCACAUCGAGCACGUAGUGCUGAACCAGAAGAACAUGACCCUGAGCAACCGCUGCCGAGUCUUUGACCGCUUCCAGGACACCAUCUCGCAGCAUGCCGUCAAAGUGGACUUCCUCAACCGGAUCCACAGAAAGCACCCACCCAACCGCCGUGUGGCCCAGUCCAUGAAGAGGAAGGGCUUGAAGAUCCCGGACGCUAUCAAAUCCCAGUAUAAGAUCCCUCCUUCGCUACUGGCGCCGGCGGGGAUCCGAGACGGGGAGCUCAUCUGCAACGGGGUCCCCAUGGAGUCCUCCUCCCUACAUACGCACCUUUGCAAUCCGGAGCACUUAACCAGCCAAUCGGAACAGCAAGAGUGGUUGUGUAGCGUCGUUGCCCUGCAGUGCAGCAUCUUGAAACACUUGUCUGCCAAGCAGAUGCCUUCUUCACCUUGGGACUUGGAGCAGGCGGAAAAGGCCGACGUGAAGCCGGUGGUGGUUGCUGCGGCCGCCACUCCUUUCCAGCCAGCCGACAAGGCCGAUCUCCCUUCCCUCUACUUGGCCUCCGCCCAGAAUUCCUUCCCGGAAGACGCCCGCUUCUCCCCGUGUACGGACCGGCCCAAGAAGGCCUCCCCAUGCGGGACUUCCAACGGCCCCAACGUUGCCCCAACGGACGCCAAGGCCAAUGGCCCGCACUUCUAUGGGGCUGCCCUCCCAGCCUUGCCACACCGGCAGCCACAACCCUGGCCCCGGCCCGCCACUCCCCCGGCGGCCGGUGGCGGGCUUCUCAACCACGUUGUGAAGACGGAGAACGUAGCAGGGCCCCUCUCCUGUGUGCACCGGGGUCUGGAGGCCCCUGCCGGAGCUUUGCAGAGGAAGAACGCGCAGACGCAGGCGGGACCCCUUCUCUCCAUGGACCUGGGGGCCAUGGAGUCCCCUCUGACCGCCACCCGGGCGCUGACCCCUCCCCAGGCUGCCGUGGGUGACGGCAGCGCCUCCUCCAUCCGGGCCGCCCACGGAUUCUGCUCCCCAGCGCCUCCUCCAGAUGGCAAGGCCAGCCCCAGCGCCUUACCCCUCGGCAGUGUUUUGGCCUCCCCCUCGCUCCUUUCCAAUUCUUCGGCCGCUCUGGACCUUGCAGGGUCUUUGAAAGCAUUAAUGGAUGGCAGCGGAGAGAUCGAGAUCAAUAUGCUGGAUGAGCGGUUGAUCAAGUUCCUAGCCUUGCAGAGACUACACCAGCUCUUCACAUCGAAGGUCCAGCCCUUUGCAGGCAGCGUUGGGCCCCAGCAGCCCAGUCCACAGGACCAUCCCUUGGAAGGGCAAGAGAAGGAGGUGCAGGCCCGGGCCGUCUUCUACCCGCUCCUGGGGAUGGGCAGCGCGGUGAACAUGUGCUACAGGACUCUCUACAUCGGAGCAGGAGCCGACAUGGACGUGUGCCUUACGAACUAUGGUCACUGCAACUAUGUGUCAGGCAAGCACGCCUGCAUCUUCUACGAUGAGAACACCAAGCAUUACGAGCUGCUCAACUACAGCGAACACGGCACAACGGUGGACAACGUCCUGUAUUCGUGCGACUUCUCGGAGAAGACGGCCCUCGUCCCGCCCAGCAGCAUGGUUGCCAAAGUACAAAGCGUGAUCAAGCGCCACAAGAGCCGGAAGCAGCAGGAGGAACCCCCUCCGAGCGAGGAGGCCCCCGUGGCGGCGGCGGCGGCUGUGCCGGCGGCAGUGUCGAUGCGUUCCCAGGCCCAGGGACCCGCGCUGCACCCCUGCAAUUGCAAGGCCAGCAGCUCCAGCCUGAUCGGGGGCAGCGGGGCCGGCUGGGAGGGGACGGCCCUUCUCCACCACGGCAGCUACAUCAAGCUGGGCUGCCUCCAGUUCGUCUUCAGCGUCACGGAGUUUGCGACCAAACAGCCCAAGGGCGGCGGGGACGGGGCCCCGGACUUGGAGGAGAAGCUGCCCUUGUCCAAGGCCCACCAGGUCCCGGUGCUGCGCUCGCACUCGGUACCCUAGAGGUGACGCCAAGGGGGGGAGUGGGGAGCGGGACCGCGAGAGACCGGCCCCGAUCCUCGUUGUUCCCCUCAUUGGGCUUCCGACUCUUCCCUUUGCAUGGAUGACGUGAAGAACUUUCAGAGUCUCUCUCCUUUUUUUUAAAUUGUUUGCUCAAGUUUUAGGGGGCAUUUGCACAUAUAUUUGUACUAUACAUUUCAUUUAAAGAAAACAAAACAAACCAACCUGAGGAAACUGCAGCGCCCGGAGGCUUGUCUUUGCGGACCUUUGCCCGGCCUCGUUGUAAAAAGAACCAGAAACUUGUUCUAUUUUGUGCCAGUGACAAUAGUUUUUAUAUUAAAAAAAAAGAGAGAAAGAAAUACAGUUUUCAUACGGCAAAAAAUCUAUACAAUUAUCAUUGUUGUAUUAUUUAAUGUAAAGACGUGCUCUAUUCUCAUGCUCGUUUUCUUUCUUUUUUUUCCCUCCCCUCCCUGCUGCAGUUCACCUCUGUGACGGUGGCAGUGAGAACAGAGGGGCGCUUUUUUUAAUUAUCACUAUUAUUAUUAUUAUUAUUAUUAUUAUUCUCCUGGCAUCCAUCCUGUUUUUCAGAUGAUGAUGAGAAGUAUUUGCAGUGGGAGGGGAGGGGGGGGCUUUCUGUGUAAAUAACAUCCACCGACGGCAUUUUUUUCCCCUCCGUGUUUUUUAAGCUGUGUACAGUGCUCCGUUGUGGUAUGACGUUGCCUCCGGUUUGUCUAUUGUAGCAAAGCGUUUCUUUGUCGUGAGCCUGUUUUUAUGUCCUCCCGUCCCUCUCUCGCUCCCCAACCGCCCUUCCUUCCUUCCUUCCUUCCUUCCUUAUUCUCUCCGCAGCCGAUGUACAGAAGUAAUUGCAAUGUUUUAGGCUUCUACGGAAACCUUUUUCUUUUCUUUUUUUUUUUCCGCCCCUGUAUUCUGUAUAUAAAACAACACAAAAUAUGGCA